UUCAUUUACGCACCUUUCAACCCGGAGCUUUUCUUGAAAAAAAUAAAAUAAAAAAGAAGAAGGGCAGAUUUGUGGAAGGAAUUCGGAGCAGCAGAAGCAGCACCUUCAACUUCAACAAUGGCGACCAUGGCAGCAACACAACAACACUACCAGCAUCCAACAUCACUAGAGGAAGUCCGUACGCUUUGGAUAGGAGACCUCCAGUUUUGGGUCGAUGAGUCCUACCUCAACUCUUGCUUUGCUCACACUGGCGAGCUAGUCUCAAUAAAAAUUAUACGUAACAAGAUCACUGGCCAGCCUGAGGGAUAUGGAUUUGUGGAGUUUGUUUCUCAUGCAGCAGCAGAAAGGAUACUGCAGACUUACAAUGGGACACCGAUGCCUGGAACUGAUCAAAUGUUCAGGUUAAAUUGGGCUUCAUUUGGCAUUGGAGAAAGACGUACUGAUCCUGGGCCUGAGCAUUCUAUUUUUGUAGGGGAUUUGGCACCUGAUGUUACAGAUUAUCUAUUGCAAGAGACCUUUCGAGCGCAUUAUCCAUCUGUUAGAGGUGCCAAGGUUGUAACUGAUCCAAAUACCGGACGCUCAAAGGGAUAUGGAUUUGUUAAAUUUUCUGAUGAGAUUGAGAGAAAUCGUGCUAUGACUGAGAUGAAUGGUGUGUAUUGCUCAACUAGAGCUAUGCGUAUUAGUGCAGCAACACCAAAGAAGACCACUGGAUUUCAGCAGCAAUAUGCCGUGGCAAAAGCCAUAUAUCCAGCUCCAGCAUACACAACUCCUGUGCAGGUGCUUCCACCAGAUAAUGAUAAUACUAAUACAACGAUUUAUAUUGGCAACUUGGAUCCAAAUGUCACAGAAGAGGAACUGAAGCAAUUCUUCUCACCAUUAGGAGAGAUUUUAUACGUCAAGAUUCCUGCAGCCAAAGGAUGCGGCUUUGUACAGUUUGCAACCAGGACAUCUGCUGAAGAAGCUAUACAGAGGAUGCAAGGGCAAAUGAUUGGUCAACAGGCUGUCCGCAUUUCUUGGGGUAGGAGCCCAACAGAAAAACAGGACCUACCUGGAGGCUGGGGUACACAAGUUGAUCCCAGUCAGUGGAGCUCAUACUAUGGUUAUGGACAAGGCUAUGAUGCAUAUGCUUAUGGAGCUACCCAGGAUCCCUCUUUCUAUGCAUAUGGUGCUUAUGCUGGCUAUGCACAAUAUCCUCACCAGGUUGAAAGUUCUCAAGAAAUGGCAGCAAUGGCAGCCGGUGUCCCAGCUGUAGAACAAAGGGAGGAGUCAUAUGAUCCAUUGGCAACUCCUGAUGUUGAUAAGUUAAAUGCAAGCUACCUCUCUGUUCAUCGAAGUGCCAUAUUAGGCCGGCCCUUAUGGCUGAGAACCUCCAUUUUGCCGCAAUCAUGAGCCUCUAAUUUCUGUCCUUUAUUUAUGGUGAUCAUCACCUUUUUAUAAGGAUACAUGGAAAAUCAUCAUUCUCGCAUUUAAUUGCUAGAAUCUUCCAACAGGAGAUAAGGUAAAAUGACAAAUCUCUGAACGCUGAUGUCUUCUACUCAGAUUUAGCACAAUUGUAAUGCCCUGGAGUGCCCUUAGGAUGAAUUUUUUUUUUUUUUGGAUAAUUGAAAUAUUUUCAUUACCCAAAAAGCAGGAAAACGCCUGCUAUUAGAGAGCAUCUUACAUAAUUGAUUGCAGCGUUUUUUGAAUAUCUUAGGAUGAAUAUCUUUACGUAAUUGAUCGUAGCUUUUUCUAUUGGUGUAACAUUUUUACAGAGUUGGUGCCUCUAUGCUUUCUUGUGUAGAUUAGCUAAUCUUGCAUGGAUAGUAGAGAAUGUAGCAUCAUCUUACCAGGGUAAUUAAUUGAAACUCAAGCCUGUAGGAAUUCUUAACAUUUUUUUCUUGAUUAAAGGUAUUUGGUGUUCGUUCUUAUACGGAAUGUGGCAACUUGCGAGUUACAAUGAAAAAACUGAAAUACGUGACAAAAUACAAUGAUUUUUAACUUAUU